AAGUCCCAACACUCGUCGUUUCGCGUCCGGURUGUUCCAACCGUCGUUUUCUUUUCCGAUCAGUUUUCUCAAAAUUAUCCGGUGAAAAAUCGCGAAAACCAUCUAAAUCUCGGAUUUUUCUCGCAGUUUUCCAAAAACUCCGCGUGCUUCAUCUCGCAUUGAAAUCUCUUCCAAUGUCUUGUGAUCUCCUCGUGUUUGUGUGAAAAUUUCGUGUUUGGCCACGUUUCCAAGGUCGUCCGGUGGGGAAGAUGGUCGUCUUUCUUCUUCCAUGAAGAAAAUCUUCAUGCAACUGCAUUCUUCAGGUUGUGGUGGCGGCCAAGCGCUUCCUGUUCUGUAAUGGCCAUUUUUACGUUCGCUAACGAACUGGUCUAACGCUUACCCCAAGCAUCUGUUGGACCGCAUCUGCUCUUUAGUGUGUUGAGUUCGGGUGUGUGAGUGGGACGAAAGUCGGGGAAAAAUGGGAAAUCAUCCGUCCAAUCAUCAGCCUUUGGAAAGGACUAAUGUGGGAAAAUUCGGGGAACCACACACGAGGCGAAGUCUACGUUCUCCUCGGAAAAUGGAUAGGUUAAGGAGGUCCUUCAGGGAUUCCUUUCGUAGACGAAAGGAUCGUGUCCCUGAAAGUUCGAAACCUCAUCAAUGGCAAGCGGAUGAGUCAGCUGUUAGGUCCGGAACUUGCACUUUCGCUGUGAAAUAUUUAGGCUGUGUUGAAGUUUUCGAAUCGAGGGGAAUGCAAGUGUGCGAAGAGGCCCUCAAAGUGCUACGAGGUUCUCGUCGUCGUCCCGUCCGCGCCAUCCUCCACGUGAGCGGCGACGGCCUCCGCGUCGUCGAGGACGAGUCCAAAGGUCUGAUCGUCGACCAGACCAUCGAGAAAGUCUCCUUUUGCGCCCCCGACCGCAACCACGAGCGCGGCUUCAGCUACAUCUGCCGCGAUGGCACCACCCGGCGUUGGAUGUGCCACGGUUUCCUCGCCCUACGCGAAUCGGGCGAACGCCUCUCUCACGCCGUCGGCUGCGCCUUCGCCGUCUGCCUCGAACGCAAGCAAAAGCGUGACAAGGAGUGCGGCGUGACCAUGAUGUUCGACACUAAGAACUCCACAUUCACGCGAAGCGGCUCCUUCCGGCAGCAGGGGCUCACCGAGCGUCUGGAGCGCGGCAUCGACGUGGGUGGCCCUCCAAAGCAGACCCCGGUGAACCCCUUCGCCAUCGAGCGGCCCCACGCCACGCCCAGUAUGCUUCAACGACAGGGCAGCUGUCGCGGCUUCAGCACUCUGGGGCAGAACUCGCCCUUCAAGCGCCAGAUGUCGCUGCGAGUCAACGAACUCCCGAGUAAUACUGCGAGGUUAAAUGCGUAUAAAUCGCCGACUUCGCCGACGAAUCCCAAGCCCCAGGUCUCACCGAUCCCGGAGAUAUCUCCUGGGGACUCUGUCACAGCUCUCUGUCAGCAGCUGAGUCAAGGGUUGAGUCAGUUGACCCACAGCGGGUCCGAUGACUUCAAUUUCAACAACCAAACCUCGAUUAAUCAAAACACAGUCAAUUUGAAUGUCACAACGAUCAACAAUACGUUCAAUCAGUCGAUKACUUCAACCAGUUUUAGCCCCAAUUUGAGUCAGAGUCAGGUCACCACCAGUAUUACUUCAAACGCCAGCAGCUUGCCGAAGCCGGACCAGUGGUUGGGUCAAAUUGUCAAUUCCACGUCCCCGAUUCCUGGAAAAAUGGACGGGAUCUCGCCUCGAAGGGCUCCCUUGAUUGGGGCGCACUCUCGGGCCAUGUCUCUGGACUCCUCGGGGGCGUUCCAGAGGACUGCCGAUCCGUUUGAUGCAGAGUGGGCCGACAUUGCUGCUAAAAGCAAUCCAACUAACCCUUUCCUGUCCUCAGCCACUCCGCAACCGUUUCAAAUUCAACUCUAGUUGCCCUUUUGUUGUUGGGUUAACUUGUGAUUCAUUCCAAUAAGUUGUUGAGGUUGUAUUUGUUGUUUAAUGUUGCCAGGACUGACUGUGCAAUCUUGUAAAUAAUGUUGAGAAGAUUUGUAAAGACCCGGGGAACGAAGUUUAUGCUCAGUUUUUAUUUAUUUCAUUAGGGACGUUAGAAAAUUUCAAAUUGUAACUCACCUGCCAAUGCUAAAAUGCACAAAAUUGUCUGUACUUAAGAUAUAGUCUUUCCAUAGUUACAGUUAGACUAAUAAAGAGUUAUCAUUAACAAGGCUGAGAAAAGUAGAUACAAUACAUUCCAUUAUCACUAUUAAUUUAACAAUUGGUGAGUUUUGGAGCUAGAUUGCCGUCCACCCAUAAUUUUGACACGACUCUUUGACCGUUCAAUUAAUCCAAGUUGGAUUUUUGUUACUAAGCGCAAAAAUUAACUUAUUGUUGAUUUUUAUUUAAUUUUCUAGUAUAAUAUAACUAUAAUAAAGUGCAGCAUCGGGAAUAGGAUCGAAUUAAUAAUGAUAAAACUGUAUUAUUAGAAUUAUAGGUGAUAACGACUUUUUACUUUAUGUUUUUGUAAAUGUUAUAGCGAUGCUAUUUACUGUUUGUAUUUAUUACUUUUUUUAAUAUGAGAGCACGCAGCUCUAAUAUUAUGGCACAUGUACUUAUUAUAUACACUUGUAUUAUACAAAAAUCUUAAUUAUGUUUUUUUCUGUAAUAUAGUAAUAAAUAAGUAUUAUCUGUUA